AUGCUACCAAAAGCCAUGGUUAACACACGAUCAGGUCUUCCCCAUGCAAGCUCAUCCGCUCCCAUCCCUCAACCUGCCGAAGAUCAACCGGCUCCUCAUGAAGAAUCUUCAGGAAUGCCCGCACCUCUGCCAGCGGUCAUCACAAUCAAAGCCUUUGAAGAGUUCUGUCAGCAGGUGGGCACGCUCACGCAACUGUUAAGUAAAAAAAAUUCGCAUCUGUCGCCGGCGCAGGCAGAGCAUGGCGGUUUUAUGGUUGAUGCACGACCUCCAAACCCCGCAACUGGCGGAGUAGGAACCUCGGGUAUUAACAAUAUGGCCUCAGACUCGAUAUUUGUCGCCAUGAAUUCUGGUGAAAUUGCUCGGAUCAUUCAAGAAGGAAUUACAGCUGGCCAGCAACGAAAUGCUCGGGGUCCAAUGGGUUUCACUCCUAACACUCCAUUCACACCAGAGAUAUUGUCAUAUCCCUUGCCCGACAGACUCAAAUAUCCUCGCAUUAAAGAGUAUGAUGGGACGAUCGACCCCAUCAACCACCUCAAUGUAUAUACUGAUGUCAUGAACUUGCAAGUUGCGCCGGAUCAGGUUAUGUGUAAAGCCUUUCCACAAAUGUUGACUAAUGCUGCUAGGGAUUGGUUCUCGACAUUGGAGCCCAACUCCAUAGCCUUAUUCUCAGAUUUUGCUGAUAACUUCUCAACCUUUUUUGCGAGUAGUAAGCGAAUCAGGAAAAUCGCCACCUCCCUCAUGCAACUACGCCAAGGACUGAAUGAAACCCUACGAGGUUUUAUAACAAGAUUUAACAAGGAGAGACUUCAAAUACCUGACAUUCACAUUACAGCAGCAGUUUCUGCCCUCACCUAUGCCAUAGGGUGUGAGGCCUUCAAAAUGUCUUUAUCAAAGACCCCACCACAGACAGUGACCAUGCUCCUUAACCGAGCUAAAAAGUACAUCAAUAUGGAGAAAACGCUGAAUCCAAGGAGAGCUGGUCAUCCUCAUGAAAAGGUCGAAAACAAGAGGCAACAUGAUCUCGUCCCCUUGCAUGAGCUUCCUCGGGAUAAACGCAGGAAUGAGGCGUCGUCAACACCUCUCACUUGGUUGAACAUCUCUAAAGCAAACAUCUUAAUGGAGAUUAAUGAUAUGAAAGAAUUGAAGUGGCCUUCAAGGAUAAAGUCGCCCUCUGACACAAGAGAUAGAAGCAAAGGAUUCUUAAGGAAUUACAUUGGUCAUGAUAAACGUUCGAGGAAUGAUCGUGACAAUCGUAAAGAGUCCGGAAUCGGAAGCAGUGCUCAACCCACUGCCAGGACAAUUAAUAUUAUCGUCGAGGGUAUAGCAUUUGGAGGAGACACGAAUAGUGGGCGAAAGCAGUAUGCCCGUCAACAUGCUCAUACCCCAAAGGAAUCCCGUGAUGAAGUCAAAGACAUCACUUUUGGGGCAAGAGAUUUGGAAGGAAUAUCAUAUCCUCAUGACGAUGCCUUGGUCGUCUCUGCGGUUGUGGCUAACUUUAAAGUAAAGAGGAUACUGGUUGAUAAUGGGAGUGCAGCAAAUAUAUUCUCGCAGGAAGCUUUCGCCAAAAUGGGGAUCUCUCUCAAACAGUUCAAAGCAAUAAAAACUCCUCUACAAGGAUUUGGUGGUGGAGUCAUUAUCCCUGAAGACAUCGUCGAGCUCCCGCUUACAUUAGGAUCUGGUAAUACACAAGUGAUGGAGAUCACACCAUUCCAAGUGGUUAAUACCCCAAUGGCCUACAACAUCAUCCUAGGAAGACCCCUACUGAACAAGAUCCAGGCUAUUGUAUAA